AUGAUGAUGCACCCUUUCUUGUGUGCCCUGCUUUUUUUUGCGCUCUGCUGCUGCUUUCCUAAUUCCGUGUGUGCGGCGGAUGAUACAGCUACUAAUACCACUGAGAAUGCCAGUGCUAUGGCGCCACCGGCUGAUAUGAGGGGGGCGUUGAGAGAGGUGUUGGGAGCCAUGCAGAAGGCGCAGGAGUACGCUGAUGAGGCUAACCGGCACUGCGUGCAAGCAAGAAUGAGCGCUGAGAAUGCGCGGGAGCAUGAAGAGGGGGCCAAGAAUGCUUUGAGGAAGCUCGGCUCUGAGGCUACAAGGAUGAGCAGGGCGCUGCAGCAAGCGGACGAGGCUGUGAAAUUGGCCGAUGCUGCCGUGGCCGAAUGCAAGGCGGCGGAGGAGGCUGCACAGGCGGCGGGGAUAAUGACGCUUGAUGCCGUUGGGGAGGUGCUGAAGCAUGUGAAGGACGAGAAGACUAAGGUUGGAAGUGGACCGGAGCUGUUGAAGAGGGCGGCGGAGCAGACUGUGCUUUCUCUGGAGAAGGCAAAGGAGGCGGAGGCGGAGGCUGAGAAGGCGGCAGCGGCGGCGCAGAAAACCCGGGAAGCAGCAGAGAAGGCAGCAGCGGCGCGGACCUUGGCACAAGAUGUUGCCGCAACGGCCAGUGCGCUGCUGCGGCAGCGGGAGAAGGAGGAGGAGAGGCGAAGAGCGAGUGACCGGGAGGUGGCGGAGGCCGCGAAGAAGGCUGCCGUUGCUGAGGUGAUGAAUAAAUUUGCUGCGAAGAAGGGGAAUGACGCAGCGCCUGGCAGGAAUUCCACAUCCACCCGCUUUCAAAGGACGAGACCACGGGUGGAUGGCGGCGGCAUCCCAUUGCUUUUGCGUGCACCGCUUCUGAUGCUUGCUGCCGUGGCAUCCGUUUCCGGCUUCUUAUCGUGCUAG